UGUCCUUUCUUCUCAUGACAGUUUGGUCAUUACACUGCCCUACCAUCUAAGCUCUUCUCCCAUUAAAUGUGUAGUUAUGCACAACAAGACUACAAACUCUAAUAAUUCCUCUAGCCGGGAAAACCCAUCAUCGGAUAUGUCUUCAGCCAUUACAGGAGUAAAUUCACCACUGCUUCAGGAGAACAGGUCACCAGCAAAGCAUACAUCGGUAUCCGGUGCUGUGUUCAAUGUGUCCACUAGCAUUAUUGGUGCUGGAAUUAUGUCAAUUCCGGCAACUCUCAAGGUACUAGGUGUAGUCCCAGCAUUUUUUAUGAUAGUGGUUAUAGCUUGGCUUGCAGAUGUCUCGGUUGAAUUCCUGAUGAGAUAUACACAUGCUGGGAAUUCAACCACUUAUGCUGGUGUCAUGAAGGAGUCGUUUGGGCGGGUGGGAUCGGUCCUGGUGCAAAUAUGUGUUAUGAUGAAUAAUCUUGGUUGCUUGAUCAUUUAUUUGAUUAUUAUAGGCGAUGUUCUUUCAGGAAAUCAACCUGUAGGAUCAAUGCACUUGGGCGUUUUACAAGAAUGGUUUGGCAUUCACUGGUGGAAUACCCGACCUUUUGCACUCCUCCUCAUUGUUGUUGUCAUUAUGCUUCCAUUGGUUUUGUUUAGGCGUGUAGAAUCAUUAAGGUUCAGCUCAGCAAUAGCAGUUUUUCUUGCUGUGCUGUUUGUUGCCAUCAGUUCGGUGAUGGCAAUUUCUGCACUCUUCCAAGGGAAAACAGAGAGCCCAAGACUGCUGCCUCACUUGGUCAACAAAACCUCCUUUUUUGAUCUCUUUACUGCUGUCCCAGUCAUUGUAACGGCUUUCACAUUUCAUUUCAAUGUUCAUCCAAUAGGUUUUGAGAUGGACAAACCUUCUGAUAUGAUGUCUGCAGUCCGUAUCUCACUGAUACUUUGUGGGGCGAUCUACUACACAGUUGGGAUCUUUGGAUACCUUCUUUUUGGCGAUUCAAUAAUGCCUGAUAUACUUGUUAAUUUUGACCAAAACUCUGGUUCAGCACUUGGUUCUGUGCUCAAUGACAUUGUUCGCUUAAGCUAUGCCCUUCACCUCAUAUUGGUGUUUCCUCUCUUAAACUUCUCAUUAAGGGCAAACAUUGAUGAAUUCCUUUUCCCAAAUAGGCCUCUUCUGGCAAAAGAUAACACAAGAUUUAUGUCCCUCACUCUUAUCCUGCUAGCCAUCUGUUACUUGGCAGCAAUAACCAUCCCUAACAUAUGGUACUUCUUUCAAUUCAUGGGAUCAACCUCUGCAGUCAGCCUUGCCUUCAUCUUCCCCGGUGCUAUUGCCCUUAGGGAUGUUCAUGGCAUAUCAACAUCAAGAGAUAGGAUUAUGUCUGCAGUAAUGAUCAUUUUGGCUGCUGUAACAAGUAUUGUAGCCAUUUCCACCAACAUAUACAGCUUUUUCACCUGAAACAGGUCCUGACUUCCUGAUCCUUUGUGGAGGUGCUUGUAUUCUAGUGUAAUCCUUUCUUUUCUCUUUUGUUUCAUUGAUUAGAAUAUAGCGGCUUCAAAUCAAGUCCCUUUCAAACCAGCAAUUGUUUCUUCUCCCUCAUUGUGUCAGCAAUAAACAUAUCACAUGUUGAUAAACAAAUCCUGUUCUUUCUUUUUUCUCAGGCAAUGUUCCAUUCCCUAAGGCAUGUUCAAGUCUGAUAGCCCUUUUUCCCCUGUUAUCUAAUGCAGCAGUUGAUGAACUACCUAAUCAUCUAAUGCAUCUCUUUUGCAUAUAGCUUUUGAUCAACUAUUGGGUCCCUGCAAGCAAACCUCUUGCUCUUUUGCGUCACAUGUCUGUAGCUCAUGUAUAGUGGAGGACUGCUCUAUGUUAUAUGGAUUUAUCUAUGCUUUAAUUUUCGUGACAAGAUAUGAUUUUUGGGGUUAGCUCAAAACUCUGAGCAGGAGAUAUAUACACUUUACAAUUGAGUCAAAGAACGAAGUGAGCAUUAUGUUUUUAUUCAUUUAA